AUGCCCUAUUGCGCGGAUACUGGGGCGGAAAAGAGCAUCAUCAGUGCUCGGAAACUGAUUGAACUAAAGAAGUUAGGAAGUCUUGUGAAAACCACUACGUUGACGUCGCCGAUUAUCUGCGAGACGGUCGGAAAGCACAAGAUUUUGGCGAGUCGCUCCGUUCUUCUCCGGAUUAUGCUACAUACAGCUGCUGGACCUGUCACACCAGUAAAGCCGUAUGAAGUGUUAGUGAUUGAUGAAGAUGAAGAAGAAUUCAUCUUAGGCGAAGACAUCCUUACUGAUCUUGGUAUUAGUAUUGAUCGACAGUUGGAGCAGUUGGCUAAGGAGACCUCAGCGGAUGAUGGCGACCCCAUACCGGUUGAAGACGCUUUCCGAGCCGGUUGUACACCGGAUGAGGAGGUUCGCCAAGCUGUUGAGGGCAUGAUUAUGACAGCGAUUGAGAAUGGCUUUCCAGCAGACAAAGAAGACAAAUUACGGACUAUUGUAUAUAUGUACGAUGUGUGGAGGAUCCGGCUUGGACCAGAUCCACCUGCCAAGGUCCCGCCAUUGGAAAUUCGACUGAAGAAAG